AAAUUUAUCGCCUACCCUAAAUUAGGGAGGCAGUAUUAUUUUCAUUCAUUUAUAUGCCUAGAAACAAAAUGUCUUCGGCCCGGACAAUCCUCAAUGCUGUUGCGUCGGAUCGCGUUAUUACCAAAUUCACACCGGUAAGCUUUUUUGAUGUUACUGUUAUUGUCCAGAAUACCCAGUUUAAGAAAGGUAGAAACGGGAUUCACUUUGGUACACUAUUCCGAAUGCCAUUUACUGUUGGGACUGUGUCUAACUGGCUUUUCAUCACAGGUUUUUUUCUAAAAAAGCUACAACUAGAACUAGAGACCAAUUAUUAUUAUGAAUUGAUUAAUAAUAUAUUAGAACAAUUUUUAAGACAAUUUAAUUCUAGUCUACUUCAGCUACUCUACUGCCUCUAGCCUUUUUUUUUCGAGGCUACGACUAUUCGUACCCAGGUACCAGAAGUGAGAGGUUGGGAUUAAAAAACUAUUUAAAAUUAUAUUUUUGGGUUUGUAAGACAAAAUGAGGUAUCAAAUGUCUCAAAUGGAAGGUAAUUGUAUGGGUAUAUUUUUGUAGACCUACUUCUCCAGUUUAAUUAAAUAAAAUACCACAAAUGAUAUCCGAAUAGCACUGAGUCAAAAUGGACCCAGUCACGCAGCGCCGCCAUUCGCACCCGGGUCCCAUUAGACUCAAUGCUAUUCGAAAACAUAUUAAAACACAUUAAAACAUGUUUAUUUUAAGAAUAAAAUAAAAAUUUGCAUGUUUAAAUUAUGCAGAUCAGGAUAUCUCAUUUGCUAAAUGUUGACAUUUCAGUUUGAUUCAUAAAGAUCAUAUUAAUUGAUUCUUUCUCUACAAUCUAUAAGAGUAAAUAAAGUUUUAUAUUUGUUAAAUAAUUAGUUCAUUUUUUAUGAUUAGUUUUGCAAAGUAAGUGCAGGCCUUGUGAAAAGGCCUCGGUCUUCUUGGCACUGACAUCCCAAAAAAGUUCAGUCUCAAGAGGGUUAAAUUGGUGAGGUCCACCAGAUUUCAGGUUAAUAAAUUAUUAAAUAAUCUUCAAUUUUUUAAAGAGUAAUAUAGUAGUCAAAGAUCAUGAAUAGGCUUGGUUCUUUUUUAAUGUUUAAUUUGAAAAAUUAUAGGCCUAUUGACUAGGGGUGUGCCGGAUCCGUUUUUUCCAACCGGAUCCGGAUCCGGAUUUUCUUAUGCGAAAUCCGCCGGAUUCGGAUCCGGAUUCCGGAAUAAUACGGAUUCCGGUUUCUCCCGGAUUCCGGAUUUUGGUACUAUUGGUAGAUACUUCGGUAAGUCAAGGUGGACUACUACUUUUUGUGUAUGGGAAUUCGCAAUCGGCGCCAAAAAAUCCGAGUUUUUAAUUUUCCGAUGUGUGUGUCUAUUUAUUAUUAAAUUAGUACUUUCGAUAUAUAUUUGAGUUCCGUUCCAUUUGGAUAAGUGUCUUACGAGAGACGCCAUGUUUCUACGCGUUCGCAGCAGGUUAUGCAGCUCGCUCAACCUAAUUUCGCCAUGGGGUUGGCCACGCCCCCCUUUUUAAUGGCGGAAGUUGACGAUACUUAGGAAAUAUUAAUUUAUUAUCACUAUUUACAUCAAAAUAAUUGAUAACUUGUGUUUCAGAAUGCAUUUAAAGACAUUUAAACUGGAAUGUUUUAAUUUGAGCUUUAACAACCCGGUAGAAUCCAUAUUAUAAAUGAUCAGAAUUUACCGUGUGCAACACGUUGUCAUUGGCAACCAUUCACAGCCACUUGCAUAACUGUAUCGUAGUACUACCUCAGAGUUUCAUUCAUAAGAGUUUGCCGUGUGCAAAAACUAUUAAACCAUUGGUCAGGGAAAGCUUUAAUUAAUUAUUCAUGUGCCAAAGUUGAAAGUUUAAACUAAGUCUAAACAGUAUUUUAGUGAUAAGGCAGGGAAUGCGUUGCCUUAUAUAAACUAUAUAGUCAUUGCGCAUGACGGGAUUGGUGGAAUGAGAUCACAGAAUGUGGAGAUGCAGUCCAUGUUAAAAAAUGACAAACCAAGUCGUACUUUAAAAAUUCAUAACUUUAAAACUACAACAGCUAAAAAUAUGAUUUUGGUGUUAUAAUUCUUUAAAAAAUUACAUCUUUUCAACUAUGCCAUUGGUUUAUUUUUACAAAAAGUUUAAAUUUUCUUAUCAAAGUCCCUACACUAUUGGCCACUAUUAGCGGUGCUGACUCUAGCCUCUGGUAUGUACGGAAUAUUAAACAUUAAACAAGCUCAACGCUCGAAACAAUCGAUUAAUGUAUCGUGAUCGUGUGGAAUUCGGGAAAAAGAAUUACUUUUAUUUCAGAUUAUGAUCCGGUGAGUCACAAAAUCUGGCAAAUUCCGAAAUCCGGUAUAUUCCGGAUUCCGGAAUCCGGUUGUUCCGGAUACAUGUAAAUCCGGCGGAACCGGAUUUCACCGGAUAGUGCAAAAUCCGGCGGAACCGGAUUCCGGACCGGACUCCGGCACACCCCUACUAUUGACAUUCAAAUCUAUUUUGCAUUACAUAAGACUUUUUCUAUAAGCUAUAGACCAGUAAUAUGAUUUUUAUUACGUGUAACAUCUAGUUAUUACUACAAUAGUUACGACGUUCUCUUGUUGUGGACUACGCCUUGCCAUACAUAAGUAUGUACUGGUAUACACAGGUUGACAAUUAUGGAACACCAAUCACUCAACUAAAGUCCAUGAAUAGUAGAUGUUCAAUAAUCUACUUCUUUAUUACUCAUAACAUAGGCCAACAACAAUACUAGCCAGCGGCACUAAUAACCCUUUCAAAUACAUAAUCAAAAUCCUUAGACACACAGGCACCAAAUAACUUGGCACUAUCACAUGUAUGUCCCACUAUCUCUCUCUAUGAUACAGCUCUCGUUCGUGAACCGAGUACAAUUUUCCUACCACUCUUGAUCUCACACCUUAUAUGCACUCACUUGUCCAGACCAUUUUUUUUUAAAUUUGGGAAAAAAAGCAAAAUACACACCCACAAAAUUCUGUAACAAAAUCCAUAUCAUUAUUAUUUUCAAAAACAAAAAAGUCAUAGCGUGUUUUAUUUUCCUGCAAAGAACAGGCAUCACUAGUGCCACCUUCCACCCUCCCCCCCUCCCCCCCCCCCUCCAACACACACUUUGAGAAUUACUGUUAUAAGCAUGUCCUAUGCCAAUGCUUAAAGACCAAAACUGGCUUAACAUUCAACAUAUUUUAUUUUCCUGCAAAGAACAGGCAUCACUAGUGCCCCCUUCCCCCCUCCCCCCCUCCCCCCCCCCCUCCAACACACACUUUGAGAAUUACUGUUAUAAGCAUGUCCUAUGCCAAUGCUUAAAGACCAAAACUGGCUUAACAUUCAACAUUGGCCUUAGUAAGGACUAUCAGGCCAUGAUAUAAUUUUGAUUACAUAUUAUGUGUGUCCAUUGUUUGAAUUGAAAAAUCAUACAUCUUAUUUUGUAUUAAUAAAGUUUAGGUUAUUAUAGCUCCAAUAACCAGUUUACAGCAUUUUUUCUAAGUCUAAACAUUUAUUUCUGCAGCCAUUUCAUCCUGAUGGGACACCAUAUUCCAAAGUUAACUUUCACCCUAAGGUUAAGGCAGCGUGUUCAGAGAACAGAACUGGUCGUGUUGGGUAAGAAUGACAAAAAAUUUAAGAGUAAUUAACUAAGAAAAAUGUUUUGAAACCUAACAGCUUUAUUAACACACUUGACAGCUUUAUAAUCACCAAAUAUUAAGUAUGUGAAUAUUUAAAACUUAGCAUUAAAUUGUAAUCAUCCCACUCAUAUGACAGGAAAUAACUGCAACAUAUUAGGUAUCUUCCCUGCUCUCCACCCAGACCUUCCUAAAAUCUCCUCACCUGAAAUCUUCUCAUGUAUCCUUCUCUCAUCUGUGCCUCCCUCACCUCCAAUACCUUCCCCACAUGCCUUUAUUCCUUCAACUCUCACCUAUAAACACAAAGCUACCAACACAGACCUUACCCUCUCCCACACUUUGAAAACGAUUCCUAUAACAAAACCCCCCUCCACCAUUUAUCUCUCUUCCCCCUUUAUUCUGGCCCUAAUUUAGAGCUAUUUCAUUAUGAAUAAACUUAAUUAUAUUAUUUCCUUUCAGGCCUGAAACAUAUUUAUGUGACUAAUCCUUUUUUUAUUUUAACAAUUAUUUAUUUAUUAUUUUUUUUAUGUAUUUGUCACUACAAUACAAUCUAGUUAAUUGUCAUGAAUUAUUAAGCUCAGUAGCUCUAGUAAACAAGUUGUCAUGCUGUUUCAAGUAUGAUUGAAAUUUUAAGUCAAACUUUAAGACAAUGUAAUUUUAUUCACAUGACUCUACUCUCUCCGAACAUCUGGCUCCACAGAUUCUCACCUUUUGCACUCUAUUAUUUCUACCUUCUUCUUUUCCUUUUUUGUUCCUAGCAGAGGAUUGGCCAUUUACAAUGCAAUCUACCUUAACCUUUUAUUCUGCUAUUGUUUCAUGAUCAAACAGCUCACACAAAAUUGAGACAAUAAAUAAAUAAAAAUAUCAAAACAAAUUUUUAAAACUCUAAGAUUUUCUUGUAAUUAUUUUUUGAAUACCUGAAUAUAUUUGCAUGUUUGACAUAUAUAUGUAUAUUAAUAUCACUUCCUCCUGGUUUUCACUGAAGUAAGGUGCAUUCCUAUUAUUUGCUUGUUUUUUUUUAUUUCCUUGCCUCGACAUUUUUAAUGUAUUUUUAAUAAAUAUUUAUAAGGUUAAGAUUUUCAAUUUGUGUAUUAUCUCUUUAAAUGCCUCCGAUAAUAAAUUGGGUCAUUAUUUUAUAUUUAUUUAAGUUUACAAACGGAAAUUGAUUUUUCUCAGGCUAAAGAUAACCAAAGCUGUUUUGGUCGGAGAUGUGUCAGUGGGAAAAACAAGUCUUGUGAAUAGGCAAGUGCAGAAGGAAACACCCAUUUAAAAAUAUUUUUGUUUAAUAUGUGUUUAGCAUUGUCACUUUACCUUGACAAUUUUUCUAAGUGUUAAAAAAAAUUGUUUACAAGCAAAUAGAUUGUUAAAUAUUUACUUAUUGUUGUAUGGUAAAAUUUUAAAAAAAAUUAUUUUAUCCAAAUUAAACCACACUUAUUUCAUUGGAUGCAUUUUGUAUUGGUUUUUUUGGCAGGUUUUGCCAUGAUGUGUUUGACAGAGAGUACAAAGCUACCAUUGGUGUUGACUUUGAAGUAGAGAAAUUCAGUGUUCUCUCUGUGCCAAUAACUUUACAAAUGUAAUUUAAAUAGAGAUAAAAAUCACAACUUUAUUUCUUAAUGACUUUUUAGGAAUAUUUGCAAAUUUCCUUGUCAUUUAAGAAUUUUGUUUUCAAACAGAAACUUAAAUAAUGUUUAAACAAAUUUCAUGAUUAAAUCUAAAGUUGUUUAUAAUUUUUUAUGAGCUUCAAGUAUAUGAAAAAAUAAUUUAAUUGAAAAGCUUAAUUUAUAAUGUUUCUACUGUAGUUUAAUAAAAAAAAAAAAAUUACAUUUCAGUUGGGACACGGCAGGACAGGAGAGGUUCAAGUGUAUAGCAGCUUCGUAUUACAGGGGUGCUCAGAGUAAGUUCAUUAAAUGUUUUCUUGUGUUUGGAUACAAAUUCCUUAAUUGAACAUAUACAAAUUAACAUGCAUUGCAAGGUCUUUGUAACAUUUGCAUGCCAUUUUAAUAUUGUACAUAUGACAACCUACUGUGAACACCUUUAUUUUCAAAUUCUAUUUAAGGACAAUGACUAUAGAAAUGUUAUUGAACAAUUAAACCACUAUUGACAUGGUUGAUUUCUUUUGACUUUGCUUUCAAUUUGAAAUAUUAAUAAUAAUAAUAAAGUUCAUUUCAAAAACACGCUUCAUCCCCAAAGGCUCGAAGCGCGGUACAAAGUCAACAAAAAACAUAUCUAUAAUUUACCACAUUUAAAACAAACGCAACACUACAAAAACUAAUUACAAGCAUACAAUCUCAAACUCUUUCUAGCCAUUUCAACCCGGAGCAACACAGCCAUUAUGCAUUAACUGGAAAAUAAGGUAGACAAUCAUCCCAGAAGGUAUUUGCGAAAUAGAUGUGUCUUUAGAUCGGUUUUAAAGGACUCCAGAUAAAGUUCAUUUCAAAAACACGCUUCAUCCCCAAAGGCUCGAAGCGCGGUACAAAGUCAACAAAAAACAUAUCUAUAAUUUACCACAUUUAAAACAAACGCAACACUACAAAAACUAAUUACAAGCAUACAAUCUCAAACUCUUUCUAGCCAUUUCAACCCGGAGCAACACAGCCAUUAUGCAUUAACUGGAAAAUAAGGUAGACAAUCAUCCCAGAAGGUAUUUGCGAAAUAGAUGUGUCUUUAGAUCGGUUUUAAAGGACUCCAGUGUCUGGUUGUUUCUAAGAUCGACAGGAAGGGCGUUCCAAAUUGUUGGACCAGCAAAUGCGAAAGUGCGCUUUCCGUAAGUCUCAAGGCAAACACGUGGUGUCGAGAGUUUGCCACUAUCGGAUGAGCGGAGCUCUCUACUGGGUACAUAAGGCGUCAGCAGCUCUUUCAGAUAGGACGGCGCCAGGUCAUGUAAGCAGCAGUAGCACAAAGUUGCGAUUUUGUACUCUAUGUGAGCACGCACCGGCAGCCAAUGCAACUCUCUCAGAAGUGUUUUUGCAUGGUCGAAUUUGCAUUUGCGGAGAACUAUGCGAGCCGCAUUAUUCUGUGCUAUUUGAAUUUUAUCCAGGAGCGUAGCUGAAAGACCCACCAUGAGAGCAUUGCAAUAGUCCAUGCGUGAUAGCACAAAUGCAGACAUCAGCAAAGACCCACCAUGAGAGCAUUGCAAUAGUCCAUGCGUGAUAGCACAAAUGCAGACAUCAGCCUCUUUGUUGUAUCAAUUGUUAGGAAGGGCCUGAUUUGACUAAUCCUGCGCAGCUCCAGAAAAAUCGCCCUGCAUAGCAUGUUAAUAUGACUUUCAAAAGUUAGUCUUCUAUCUAGGUAGACACCCAGGUACCCCACUGUUUGAGCUAACUCAAUACGCACACCUGAGAGAGUAAUGGAUAUCGUGUUAUUUGCAGAUUUCUGCUUCUGAGCGGUCGCAAUGGGGAGCAGCUCAGUCUUAUCAUCAUUUAAUUUGAACUUGUUAAUGGUCAUCCAGUGCUUAACCGACUCCAUUGUCUUCUGUGUCAUACUGAGCAGCUGAGGGAACUGAGAAGUGAUCAUGGAUUGAUGAAGUUCUGUAUCGUCCGCGAACAUGUGAUACAACAUGUCAAACUGCCUGAUCUCUGCACCCAGGGGCUGAAUGUACAUCGUGAAAAGCAUCGGGCCUAGGACCGAGUCCUGUGGUACUCCGAAUUCGAGAUUAGAUUUCUUCGAGGUCAAGCCAUUUGAAAUAACUGACUGGACCCGAUUAUUCAGAUACGAUCGGAACCAACACAGGACGGUAUCAGUGAGACCGAACGUUUGUUGCAGACGCUGGAGCAGUAUGCCGUGGUCGAGCGUAUCGAAAGCUGCCGAUAAAUCGAAUAAAGACAAAAUCGAUACCCGGCCCUCGUCACAAGAUGACAGAAGGUCGUUUACGACGCGCAACAGGGCUGUCUCAGUAGAGUGAUGCGCCCUGUAUGCUGAUUGGAUCGGUUCAAACAAGUCAAACUGAGUGAGGUGAUCAAGGAGUUGGCAACGAGAGAAGUAACUCUAGGAGCUCUACCAAUUAAUCACUAAAAUUCUUCAACCCACAAGGUAUUAAAUACUAUAUCUGAAUGAGGAAUAGCUCCAAGUUAGUGAUAUGAUUAGAUCCAUUUUAUGAUAGGUUCCAUUUCCAUGCUUUGUUGUUAAAGUAUGUGAAAAAAAAAGCAACAACAUUUUUGUAAUUUACAUUGAUUUUCAUUCCUUUCAAUCAAUUCUUUUUUCUUACUUGAUUGUGAAACUCUUAGGUCACUGUUGGCUCAUGAAAAAAAAAAAAGACAACAGAUUGCAGGAAUGGAAGUGGUUACAGACUGUUAUUACCAUGCCACAUUUUGCUGAUAUAUUAGAAUAUAACUAGCUUUUAACCUUAUGGCUAAAAAUGGUUUGAAAAUUAUUCAUAAAAGCUGUGCAGUUACCUCUCAAAAACGUGCAUACAAGUUGUGCUGGUCCCUCUAAAAUACUCAGUCUUAUUGUAAACUUUAAGAAUUAUGCAUGUGCUCUUAGGAUAUUGCAUAGCCUAUCUGUGCUACUUAUUUGUGUUGUACCUGACAGGAUUGUGUUUUUUUCUUUCUCUCUUCUUGUACAGUUGUGAUAGUUGCCUUUGAUCUAACAGAUGAGGAGUCCUUACACCACACAAACAAAUGGAUGGAGGAGGCCUGUGCUAGUGCCGAUGAACCCGUGAAAUUUCUAGUUGGCACCAAGAAGGAUUUACUUGUGAGUGCGAUGCAAAUCAUCUGGCCAUCCCUAAUGAACAUAUCAUUAAUGACCAGGAUAGCUAUCUGUGAUUUCAAUUUAGUUGGACAUGAGUUUUGUUUGACAUGAGCCGAUCUGGCUGAGGAGCCAUGGGGGCAGUUAAGGAACUUUUGGACCCCUAGACAUCUAUUCCAUCUAUUCUCUGAAAGAUGUUCUUUGACCGCUUUCCCCCCCUUCCCCUUCCCCCCCCCCACCCCCCCCUUUUUUUUUUCCAGUCCCCAACUUGGCACCUGACCUAGACUUUAAUUUGUUGGUUUAUUUAAUGUGUUCAGUUAAUAAUUUGAGUUGAUUGAAGAGCGGAUUGAAUUACAUUUCAUACGUUUCAUUGUAAUGCGGUGGCUUAUUUCUUUCUACAGUCAAAAUACUAAUUCAAAAUGCAUCAUUAACCCUCUAGAAAUGGAGCCUUUUUUUGAGUGUCUGUGCCAAGAAUGCAGAGCCCUUUUCACUUACUUUGCAAAACAUUUAUAAAAAAUACACAUAUACUUUUACUAAUAUAAAAAUAUAUAUAUUCUUGUAGGGAAUCGAUUGAACUAAUUGAAACUAACUAACUGAAAUCCUAACAUUUAUGCAAUGAGAUAGCCUGAUUUACAUAAUUUAUGCAUGCAAUGCUUUUUACACUUAGAAUAAAUAUGUCUUACUGGCAGGAUUUGUUUAAAAUUGUAUGAUUAUUGAAGCCUAAAUAAGUCCUAACAAACAUUUGAAUGGGAUUCAUUGUGAAAAACUGGAUAAAAUAUUCCAUGAGGGCUGCUUAUCUCUGUCAUAUUUCAAGGUCACAUAAUUUAGCAUUUAUAAGGGUCACUAAGUAAAGAAAAAUAAAAUGAUAGUACAUUGUAAACUGUCAAUGGAAGCCGCCUUUAUUAUAGCGAUAUGAGUAAGAAAUGAUCUGCACUUAGGUGGUAUGAAGACCAGCCAGCCAACCUCGAGGCUUUUAUAAUUGUGCUGAUCGAUCAGGCUUUCUUCUUUUUCGCCAUAAGGCUGAUAGAUCGGGGCAGCUGUCUCAAGAGGGUUAAGAUUUAUAUACCUAUAUUACAAAUGAUAGUGCUUAUUUAAGUGUGAUAUUUUAAUUCUGCAUAAUAUAUAGCAUAUUAUUUUCUACUUAGAGUUUUAUUUCAUUUCCAGUCCCCUUCAUCUUAUGCUGAUAUUGAGUCCAGAGCUUUAAAAUAUGCUGACAAAUUAGGUGCAGAAUUCUGGGCAACCUCUUCAAAAUCAGGUAAUUUACAUAUAUUUAAAUUAAGAAUUUUCAACAAUAUAUUCUUAAAAUGAACUCUACCAUUAAAUCAAAAUACUUUUGAAUAGUAAAUAAUCUAAGAAGCUGUACAGAAAAGUGCAAUUAUUUUUAAAAAAAAUGAGAUUUGCAGAUUAAUGAAAUAAUUUCAUGCAAUAAGCUUUUAAAUUGAGUAACUGUCAAACAGAAAUAUGACCUGAUAAAACCAUGCUGCUUCCUAUAAACAAAAGCCCCUAUGUUCCAUUCAAAAGGCUGUACCGAAAUGUUAAAGUUUUUUAAUUAAAAUGUGAACUAGACACAGCAACAACCAAAGUAAAAGUUUUGAAGGCCAUACAUUUUUCAUACAAGGCCAUACAUGAAAAGAGCAUAGCAUAAGUUUUUUUUUAGAGAUUUAGAUCUCAUGUUGUAUACAUUACCCUGCAUUCUUGAUUUACUGUAACUGAAAACAAAUGUGUAUUAGGUUAUUUUAUCGAAGACUGCUAUAAGAAUACUUUCUUUAAUAAGUAAAAUCAUAACUCUGGCAAAAAAAUGAAACUUAUAAGUUUUUUGUUGAUCAAUUUAUCAAAAUCAGUCAAAAUCAUCUCAUUUCUGGUUUUCUGAUUUCUCAAAGUUAAUUGUUUUUCCUCAUUUCAUCUUUUUGCUGGCUAAAAAUUUUGUUGACAGAAACUUUUAGAGUUCAAAUCUGUGGAUUUUAAUCUUCCAAACUUUAAAGUUAGACACCUCCAAACGUAAUAUCUUAAUACCACUGGGUAUUAUGUAGUUUUGAGAGAUGCCUUUCUGUUUGUGUCCAGCUUCAUAACAAGAUGUUUGUUUUUGUUGCCCAAACGUUCCAUUUAAAUGGCUGCCGUGAUAAUCAUUGGUCCAAAAUAAGAAGAAUCCCCUGUUAAAGUCAAAUUAACUGCAUGGAGAGCAGGUACAUUAUUUUGAAAGGAAUUUCAGUAGCUUUGCAGCAUAAUAGACGUCACACAUUUUUAAAGGGAUUGUUUUUGUUUUCUUCUUACAACCAAUGAAGGAAUCAAUGUAACAGAGUUCUUCUUCCGUGCCAUGUGUUUAUCAUUUGAUGACACUCUACUGAAAGAGUUGGAGGUUACAAAUGUUUCUGCCAAACAGAUCGGAACAAUCAGUGAGUUGUUAGUCUUCAUUAAAAAAGAUUUGGGGGAUGUCCAUGACAGCUCCUUUCGCCCAUUGUAUAACCCUGUAAAGACGGGACUGCCAUUCUUGACAUUUGUCCCCCCAUUCUCUUGCCCUGCCAUCCUCUACCCCACCACCUUCCCAGCACACCAUGCCUUUAAUUACCCCAAAAUAUCCACACCAACCCUUUCAUGUCUGAGUUUCAGCAAUUACUGAUGGGAAAAAAACUUAAGCAAUCAAGCUAUCAUGAAAGAAAUUCAGUUUUCAGGGAAGAAUAUGUUUAUAUUAAAGGGUUACAAAAUAUUCAAACAAUUCUGUCUCUUUUGGGCUUGUAAAUGUUGAUAUAUUUAUAUUUCUAAAACAUCAAAUUUAUUUCUUACUAUUCUUUUUUGUCAUUACCUAAUUUAUUAGUUGACAAAUGUACACCAUAACUCGUUGAAACUUCAAAAUUUAAAAGUUACCUGUGUUUGUGAAUUUUUUAAAGUUAAUUUUUUCAAAGGACAGACAAAAAAAUGGGCAUGAAAAUCAUAGGGAAGGGAAAUAAAUGAUUGGAGAAAUAAACAAACAUAUUCUUUUUUUAAAUUUGAGGAUAACAUGACUGACUCAACUUAAAGAAUAAUCCUCAUUCAAGUGGUUUCUUUAUAUUCUGAAUAUGAAAAAUAAAUAAGUGUUGACACUGUUUUUUUUUUAAUGUCCAUCAGUAUUAUGAUUAAUGAUUUGACACUAUAUCUAAUUUUCAGAAGUGCAGAAAUCCAACUCUGAUUUGUAUGAAAAGAAGAAAAGUGGUUCUAGUAAAUGCUGUGCAUAGAUUCUAUCAUCUCAACACAUUCCAGUAAAUACUUGAUAAGCCACGUACCCUCACCUUCAACAAUCAACUCAUUCUUUGAAUUUUUCUGUGAUAAUAAACUAUGUCAGGUUCAGAUUUGAUUGAUAUGUUAUAGUUCUAUCAUUUGAAAGUUAAAUUACUUAUUUUUUGUUAAGAAUUAAAUUUUAAAAAAGGACAGGAAGAUGUUGAGAAUAAUUUUAAAUAGGAAUGCAUUGAAAGGUGAAGAUCCUCUUUUUUUAUUUAAAAACUGUGAGUGUCUCAAGAAAAUGUUUUAAAUACUUGAUCUUUAAAUUACACCAGUGUUUCCCAACCUCUGGCAAGGGGAUGUUGGGAGAUUUAGAAACAUUUCCUUUAAAAAUAUGUUACAAAUGUUUAUAUAUUUUUAAACAUUUCUUCAUUGACAUUUCCUUUAUGUAAUUAGUGACAGGUUUAAGUUCUACAGUUCUUUAUGCAAUGCAACAAAUAAAUUAGAAGUCCAUUAUUUUCAAAAUUUUAAAUGCAUUGUUACUUAUGUAAGGGGUGCAAGACUCGUCAAAUAUUUAGUGGGGGCUGCAGGAUGUAGAAAAGUUUGGGAAACACUGAAUUCAAGAAUAAAUUAUUUAAAUUUGCCCAAUGGCAAGCAUGACUACAAUUACAGAUGUUUUAAAAUUUAUUCAGAAUAUAUUUAAUAUUCACUUACCCUUGUCGCUUGAGGUUAUUUUUUUUGUACCGGUACAUUGCAAUAAUAUUAUUAUUGUAUUGAGGAUUAAAUGUUAAUCCUGCUUUAACUCUGUGAGGUCUCGGAAAUGCAUUUUUAAAAAAAUCUACUGUUGUGACCACAGUUUACGGCAGUCGUUUUUAAUGUUCUGUUUGAUUUCUACUAUUAGCACAAUCCUGGUUGGUCACUGAACUAUAACUUGGCCCAGCUUAAUUUAUUUUAAAUUUGUUGAGAUCCACAAACUUUUUUUACUUGUUGAAAGAAGAUGAGGCAAGAUUAUUUAAAUAUGUUUUAAAAUAGCAAGUCAUGAAUGAUCCAUUAUGAUAGAUGGUAAAGUGUUAUUAAAAAAUUGUACAUUUUUAUAAAG